GCUGGCGCAGCGAUGGCGGAGGCCGUGGAGCGCACUGACGAGCUCGUGAGGGAGUACCUGCUGUUCCGCGGCUUUACGCACACGCUGCGGCAGCUGGACGCCGAGAUCAAGGCGGACAAGGAGAAAGGGUUCCGGGUGGACAAGAUUGUGGACCAGCUGCAACAAUUAAUGCAGGUGUAUGACUUGGCCGCCCUUCGGGAUUACUGGAGCUACCUGGAACGUAGGCUCUUCAGCCGCUUGGAGGAUAUAUAUAGACCCACCAUCAACAAGCUGAAAACCAGCCUGUUCCGCUUUUAUCUCGUCUACACGAUCCAGACAAACAGAAAUGACAAGGCCCAAGAGUUCUUUGCAAAGCAGGCCGCAGAGCUCCAGAACCAGGCCGAGUGGAAGGAUUGGUUUGUCCUGCCCUUCCUGCCGUCCCCAGACACCAACCCCGCCUUCGCCACGUACUUCUCUCGACAGUGGGCCGACACCUUCAUCGUGUCGCUGCACAACUUCCUGAGCGUGCUGUUUCAGUGCAUGCCGGUACCUGUGAUUCUGAACUUUGAUGCGGAAUGCCAGAGGACCAACCAGGUUCAAGAAGAAAAUGAGGUUCUUCGCCAGAAGCUCUUUGCCUUGCAAGCUGAAAUCCACCGCCUGAAGAAAGAGGAGCUGCAGCCAGAGGAGGAAGAGGCCUUGGUCCAGCACAAAUUGCCCCCUUAUGUCUCCAACAUGGACCGCCUGGGGGACUCGGAGCUGGCCAUGGUGUGCAGCCAGAGGAGCACUUCCCUCUCCCAGUCGCCUCGAGUGGGUUUCCUGUCCUCAUUGCUGCCUCAGAGUAAGAAGAGCCCCUCGCGGCUGUCGCCUGCCCAGAGUCCCUCGCAGGCCCAGAGCUCGGCCAAGAAAGAGCCCUUCAGCAGUCAGACGCCAAAGGGAAGGGACCCGGCGUGUGGGCCCAAAGACGGGAAGAGCCUCUUCAGCGGGCUGGCCUCUGGGGAGUCCAGCUGGUCACAGCACCGGCAGCGGCGCCUGCAGGAUCACGGCAAAGAAAGGAAGGAGCUUCUGUCUAUGACUUUGCAGAGUGCAGAGAAGAAGCCUGAAGCUAGUGGCCCGGAGGCCGAGCCCUGCCCAGAGCCCCCCGUGGAGGUGCCGGACACGCGGACGCGGGCUUCCGCAGCAAGUGCCGAGGGGGGAGCGGUCCGUCCCGAGCAGCCGUUCAUUGUGCUGGGGCAGGAGGAGUACGGGGAGCACCACUCCUCCAUCAUGCACUGCAGAGUGGACUGCUCGGGGCGGAGGGUCGCCAGCUUAGACGUGGACGGGGUCAUCAAAGUGUGGUCCUUCAAUCCCAUCAUGCAGACCAAAGCGUCCUCCAUUUCCAAGUCGCCACUGCUCUCUCUGGAGUGGGCCACCAAGCGGGACAGGCUGCUCCUGCUGGGCAGUGGUGUGGGGACAGUGCGUCUUUAUGACACAGAAGCCAAGAAGAAUCUCUGUGAGAUCAACAUCAACGACGACAUGCCCAGGAUCCUGUCUCUCGCGUGCAGCCCCAACGGGGCCUCUUUUGUCUGUUCGGCCGCGGCUCCAAGCCUCGCUUCCCAGGUGGACUUCUCGGCUCCAGACAUCGGCAGCAAGGGCGCUAACCAGGUUCCCGGCAAGCUGCUGCUGUGGGACACGAAAACCAUGAAGCAGCAGCUCCAGUUCUCCCUGGACCCCGAGCCCAUUGCCAUCAACUGCACAGCCUUCAAUCACAACGGGAACCUGCUGGUCACGGGCGCGGCCGAUGGCGUCAUCCGCCUGUUUGAUAUGCAGCAGCACUAGUGCGCCAUGAGCUGGAAGGCCCACUGCGGGGAGGUCUACUCCGUGGAGUUCAGUUACGACGAGAACACCGUGUACAGUAUUGGCGAGGACGGCAAGUUCAUCCAGUGGAACAUCCACAAGAGUGGCCUCAAGGUGUCUGAGUACAGCCUCCCUGCCGACGCCACGGGCCCCUUUGUGCUGUCAGGUUACAGCGGCUACAAGCAGGUUCAAGUUCCCCGGGGCCGGCUCUUCGCUUUUGACUCGGAGGGAAAUUACAUGCUGACGUGUUCAGCCACAGGGGGCGUCAUCUACAAGCUGGGUGGGGAAGAGAAGGUUCUGGAGAGCUGCUUGAGCCUGGGCGGCCACCGAGCCCCUGUGGUCACCGUGGACUGGAGCACCGCCAUGGACUGCGGGACGUGCCUCACCGCCUCCAUGGAUGGCAAGAUCAAGCUGACCACCCUCCUGGCGCAUAAACUCUGAUGGGGCUGAUCAUGGGGCCACCCAUGGAAGCAGUAUCAUUCUGGGGGGGUGCAGGGAGAUGGGACAGGAAGCUCGGGACACUGUCCAGCUGCAGUGACUGGACGGGAGCCGCACGGAGCCCUGGCACGAGUGCCCCGGAGCCCCACAGGCUGGGCCGGGCCACAGGCACGCCCAGGGGCAGGGAGAGCUUGGGAAGCAGGCGGUGCAUCGUGAUGGCUGCUCGCCCUUGGCCCAGGAGAGAUUGACAGUAUUUUGUAUAUAUUUGCUCAUUUUUCAUCGUUUUUUUAAAAAAAGAAUGCCCUCAUAGUCACCUGGUAUCUUUCUGGAACAUGUGUGUGCAGCAGAGUGUCUCUCUUCACCCCUUGCCCUUGAAGAAGCAGAUGUUCCGGCAGGAAGCCGGUCAGCCGCAAGCGUCCCCUGCGCGCCCGCUGUCGCCAGCCGCAGGGCUGGGCUUGGGGGAGGUUUGCUUUGCCUUUGAGGGAGGACGUCCCCUGUCUCGCACUGCACUGGCCAGCUGGGGCUGGUGCCGGUCCUGUUUCUUUGGCCCCAGGUCAUGGAGGUCACAGCGUUCCUUGGAGCGGCUCGGGAUGUCAGGGGCCCGGGCUUCUGCUCCCGGGCUGCCCUCUGUACUUGGUUUCCCUGUCCCUCUGCCACUGGGGCCCCUGUCCUUCUGUCAACUCCACCUUCUUGAGGUUGACCAGAGCCAGGCGCCAGCGCCCUCUGCUGGUGGAUGGUGAGAGCACCAGAACGAGUCUGUCGCUUCUUUUCCAGCCGAGGCGGCCGGCCAGGUACCUACUGAGGAAAAUCAUGAAGUUGGUGCGAGCGCUUGGGCACCGUUCUGCUGGGAGUUGGAGGAAGAGUAGGUAUUUAUGUAGCUCCAUUCCAUUAGUCUGAGAGACUAAGAAGUAGUGACUUACACACGUUUACCUAUUUCUACCUUGGUAACCCUCGAUUCAAAUGAAGAAAACCGAGACUCUCCAUUUACAGCUUCCCCAUCUUCCGCCCUGAAACAGCAAACUGUGCACGUCCCCCAGCGAUUCUGUAGGACAUUUAAGAAGCCAUCGUGUGUUUCGUUUGAGAGAGAAUGGACUGUUUAACUUCAGAGUUCUGUCUCACUUUCUGCCUUACACACAUUCUCUCUUCGGGGUCCUGUCUCCACUGCUGCCGGAAUGUCUUCAAGGACUGCAAAGAAACAACACUUGGAAA